UUCCGCUCCACACCCGCCGGCUCUGCUGGCUGAGGAGCCAGACAGAGAGCAGCGGGACGGAUUCGAGUAAGCAAAAGUCCCAGCACCAGUCCGGUGCGCAGCACUCGCUGCUGAUCGCUCGGACUCCGCGGCGCACGCAGCUCUUCCCACAGCCCCGGGAAAAGGCUCUGCAGGAGCAGCGCAUCCCCGGCGGGGCUGAGCAGCAGCUCAGCUACUGGGCGAAGAAGAAACCAGCCGAAGUUGCAGCAAAGAGCCCCGGGAGCCAUCUGCUGCGCGCGGAGCCUGCUGCAAGGGAUUGCUCGGGGAGACGCGCUUUCCCUUUCCACAGGACUUGUUGCUUCACCCGACACCUAGCUCUGCGGCGGCACUUUGAAGCCCGGACGAUUUGGGCUCUGGGCUGCUAACAGCCUCUCCGAAUUCGCUGCCCCCUCCCCGCCGCCGAUCCUGGUGCAGCCUCGCUGGGACGCCGUGUAAAUAUUUUUGCAGCCGUGAGACGCUUUGUAGGCUGUGAUCCAGCCGAGCGCUAAGCGGCGCCCGCAGACUUCGGGGGAAGAAGGGGGUCAAGGGCCGCUCGGGACUGGAGCUGCGGCUGUGGCCUCUGUGUGUGUGUGUGUGUGUGUUUGGUGGCUAUUUGUCUUUAACCUCAGGUCACCCUGUUUGCUCGGCUGCGUCCCCUCCCUCUGGCUGAGAGGAGAGGCGUCAACUGCAGCCGCAGCAGCGUUUUGUAAAAAGGCGCCGCGCUCCUCCCUGCUAAAAGUUACCGGCUUAAUUAUUGCAAAGCCCCGGGACCUGCUUUGCGGCGUAGGCCGGUCUCUCCUCCCCCCACGCUCCUGCCUCUCUCCAGGUCACAGAUCAAAAGAGUAAAGAGCAGCCAGCCCCAGCUCCAGCGGUCGGAAGGGUCCUGUCCCGGCGGCACCUGCUAGUGCCAGGGUUUCCCUCUCCACCCCCAGCCAGCGUGUGGUGCCCGCGGCGAGCCGGAAAGGAUGGGAUUCGCUGGCCAGAGCCCGUGCUAGACCCGAGCCAGCGAGCUGCCCGAGAGGGGACAGGACCGCAAAAGGCUCGUUCUCCGCUCGCCCUCGAUCCCAGCGCUGCCGGCGGACUGCCCCGCGGCCCCCUGCGGGCAUGGAGGUGCAAGUCGGGCUUGGCAGCGUGUAUGCCCGGCCGGCGGGCAAGACGUUCCGGGGAGCGUUCCAGAGCCUGUUCCAGAGCGUCCGCGAGGUGUUCCAGAGCCCGGGCGCCGGCCCGCCGAGAGAGGAGCCGGGCCCCAGCCCCCAACCUUCCUCCUCCGCCCAGUGCCAAGCCGGUGCCCGCCUGCAGCAGCAGAGCCCCCGGCAGCAGCAGCAGCAGCCGGGCUCCCCCGCCUACCUGGCUCUGGAGGAGCAGCCCCAGGGCCAGUGCGCCCCGGCGGCCAAGGGGCUGCAGCCUGAGGACGGGGGCCCGGCUGUCACCCCCUCCUCGACCCUGUCCCUGAUGGGCUCCGCUUUCCAGGGCUGUUCCGGGGACCUCAAGGACAUCCUGGGCGAAGCGGGCGCCCUGCAGCUCCUGCAGCCGGAGGCCCAGGCCCGGGGCAGCCGCGGCGAGGUGGCUGGGGCCAAGGAGGACUUCCUGGGGGACAGCGCCAAGGAGCUGUGCAAAGCCGUGUCCGCCUCCAUGGGCCUGGGGGUGGAAGCGCUGGAGGCGCCCGGCGAGCUCCUGCCCCGGGAGGAUUGCAUGUUUGCCCUGCCCGGCGGGCACUCCCGGGCUGCAGCGGGCGCCCAGCUCCGGGAUUGCAAGAACCCGGCGGGGGCUGCGCUCCUGGAAGAGUCAGGCACCAGCCCGGCCUCCUUCAAAGGGCACUCAGCCGCGGGCAGCGGCCCCGGGCCGGGCGAGAACGUCCUGGCCAUAGACGUGCCCCACAGCCUGUCCCUGUACAAGGGCUCCCCGGGCCUGGAGGAGCCCGCUGCUUUCCAGGGGCGCGAUUACUACAACUUCCAGCUGGCGCUCGCCCCCCACGCCCGCAUCAAGCUGGAGAACCCCCUGGACUACGGGCCCGGCACCGCCUGGGCUGCCCAGUGCAGGUACGGCGGGGACAUGGCCAGCCUGGCGCCCCAUUGCCCUGCCUCGGCCCCAGCCUGGCACUCGUUCUUCGCAGAGGAGGGGCAGCUCUACGGCCCAUGUGCAGAGGCAGCUGCUGGCCCUUUCGGCUGCGGGCGAAGCCAGGGGCCACCGGGGCAAGAAGUAAGCGACUUCCCAUCCGACGUGUGGUACCCAGGAGGGAUGGUGGGCAGGAUGCCCUAUGCUGCUGCCUCCGGUUGCAUCAAGAGCGAACUCACCCCUUGGAUGGAGGGCUAUGCCGGGACCUUUGGGGAAAUGCGGCUGGAGGCUGGCAGGGACCACGUUUUGCCCAUUGACUAUUACUUUCCACCGCAGAAGACUUGCCUGAUUUGCGGCGAUGAAGCUUCUGGGUGCCACUACGGAGCUCUCACCUGCGGCAGCUGCAAAGUCUUCUUCAAAAGGGCAGCUGAAGGUAAACAGAAAUACCUGUGUGCCAGCCGGAAUGACUGCACCAUCGAUAAAUUCAGAAGAAAAAACUGCCCUUCCUGUCGCCUGCGAAAGUGCUAUGAAGCAGGGAUGACCCUGGGAGCCCGCAAGCUGAAGAAAUUGGGCAACCUGAAGCUGCAAGAGGAUGGUGAGGGAGCCAGCUCAUCCAGCCCAACAGAUGAGCAGGCCUCCAAGAUGGUGAUGACACGCAUCGAUGGGUUUGAGUGCCAGCCCAUUUUCCUCAACGUCCUGGAAGCCAUUGAGCCUGGUGUGGUGUGUGCAGGCCAUGACAACAACCAGCCUGACUCCUUUGCUGCUCUGCUGACCAGCCUGAAUGAGCUUGGGGAGAGGCAGCUGGUGCAUGUGGUGAAGUGGGCAAAGGCCUUGCCAGGAUUCCGUAACCUGCACGUGGAUGACCAAAUGGCACUAAUCCAGUAUUCCUGGAUGGGUCUUAUGAUUUUCGCCAUGGGAUGGAGAUCGUUCACCAAUGUUAACUCCAGGAUGCUUUACUUUGCUCCCGACUUGGUCUUCAAUGAGUACCGAAUGCACAAAUCCAGAAUGUACAGCCAGUGUAUCAGGAUGCGACAUCUUUCUCAGGAGUUCGGGUGGCUUCAAAUCACUCCCCAGGAGUUUCUCUGCAUGAAGGCUCUACUGCUCUUCAGCAUUAUUCCGGUGGACGGUCUGAAGAAUCAGAAGUUCUUUGAUGAACUUCGAAUGAACUACAUAAAGGAACUUGAUCGUAUCAUCUCUUGCAAGAGAAAGAAUCCCACAUCCUGCUCUCGGCGCUUCUACCAGCUCACCAAGCUCCUGGACUCCGUGCAGCCUAUUGCCAGGGAGCUACAUCAAUUUACAUUUGACCUUUUAAUUAAAUCGCACAUGGUCAGUGUGGACUACCCUGAAAUGAUGGCUGAGAUCAUCUCCGUCCAGGUUCCCAAGAUCUUGUCUGGGAAAGUCAAACCUAUCUACUUCCACAUGCAGUGAUGUCCCGGAGGGAAUCUCCUUCCCCUGCCACUCCCUUUCAGCCAUCUCCUGCCUGUUCUCUCUGCACUACUAUACUGCAGUGCCUUGGGGAGUCCCCUCUAAAGAUACUGUAUGCUGUGAAGAUGUACAGUGCCAAACGACAACCUACUGGGAUUCCUUUGAUUUCAAUUUUUUCUGGGGUACCUCUGAACUGAACUCCCCUUCACGGCUUCUGCGUAUGUCUGGAUGGCUUUGCAUCUCUAUAAAUGUUGUGGCAUGGUGACUUUGUGGCACUUGUUUACACCCUUGUGCUUGUGUAUUUUCCACAGUGACAUUUAGUGGCACAGUGCCACGGGAAGUUUCAGACUGGGAGAAAUUCCUCCAUUUGUUUUCUCUUUAAAGCAAUCAAGAAGGUUAAACAUGCAAGUUGGGAGGGUGGGUUAUUUUUCUGACUAACCUGGGGUAUUUUCCUUUUUGUCUGCAUCAUGUCUUCAAGAGGCAUGUGAAUUAAAAAUGCAGUAGUAGUGAGACAGGAAGGGGACAGGGAAAGAGACCAGAGCAUGGUGAAAUUAGAAAGUCUAUUUUAAAAUCAGACAGUCCUGUUGCGGGAAAAAUCCUUGUUAUCGUCUGCUCUGGUCAUGCCCGCAGACCCAAAUACCACACCGCUCCAGCCGUACGUGCAGACCCAUAUACCGGGCCACUCUGGCCAUACAUGCUGACUCAUAUACCAAACCGCUUUGGUCAAGCGCCCAGACCCAUGCACCCAUGUGCAAUCAGCAGCUUAGAGCAGCAUUAAGUAUUUACUCACCGAAGAAAUGCCCAAUUCACAGGAGUAUUUGGAGUGUUGUCAUGUCAGUAACGAGGACUGGUGAGGAUUAUGACCUUUGGAACCCCUGAAGAUUGCAGAGGGCUAACUUCCAUCCAGGACAUUUUUCCUGUGGACUGUGAGCCAAACCGGAUCUAAGUCUGUCCAAAGACUGUCCAGACAUCUAGUAAUCACAUUCCAGUUUUGAACAUUAUUUUUCCUCCACACCAGCAAACAAAGAAAUUACCCACUGGCAUCCAUCUCUCACCUGUGCACCACGAGUGCCUGAAGUCUCCUCUCACCUCUGCCUCUAGCCUGCUCCUCUUGGAUGUCUGAGGUCUCCACUUGUUUCUGCCCGUCACCGUGGGUGUCUGAAGGCCUAGAUUAUCCAGUGGUGCUUCUCAUUUGCCCUUUACCCGACCGUUUUGCAGAUUCUUUCAGAAGCCAACACAGAAAAGAAUCCCAGGAGCAAAGCGGUGAGAUCUUUGACUCUUUGGGCUCUGUGAGGUCCAGUGACUUUGGGAUUAUCCCGCUCUUUUGGAAACAGUUGUACGUGGCCUGAGAUCAGAGGCAACGCACGUGGGGGAGCAUGUGAGGUCAUGUGCCCCAUCCUCAGAUUUGCUGCUUGACUUACAUUGAGCAUGCUCACAUGGACUGAGCAUGCUCAGUAACACUGCUGAAGCCGCCUGCCCUCACUCUGCCCCCCGGCAGGCACAGGUCAUCUCUGCCUGAGAUUCCCAGCUAUUUCAGGGAAUGGUAAAGAAAGCAUUUAAGAGGCCUGUUCUCUUACUUAGGGGUUCCCAUGGCUCCCAUUAAUGUUAGUAAUUGAUCUCCACCAAGGAAAGAAUACACGCCCUCUCAGUGUCCCUAAAAUUCCUACAUUUUAAAAUUAGAACCCAAACAAAGCACAGAGCUAAACCUCAUGGAGAUGACAGUGUGUCGUCAGACUGCAGCACACUCAGUGAGAUGCCAGCUGGAGAACUCUGCCUAACACACAUGCUAUCAUUCAAAACGAGAUCAAAGGUUAGUCAUCUUUGUUUAUUGGCAACUUUCAGGGUCAAUAUUUCAGAGAGGAAUGUGUGUUUCUUCAAGGCAGAUUAAUGUUGGCUUGAAUCAUCCCCCUGGCAUUCCUAAGGACACAUUGGCCCACCUAGGAAUUUUAUUCAGAUUUGUUUUUUUUCUGAGGUUGUACUGCACGUGCAGGAUCUGACCCUUCAUUCCCUGGUGGCUCUGAGUUCCCUCCUGCACCCUUCCCCUCAUCUCGUGAGCCCAACACAGCAACAAGAGCCCUGUUGGCAGGACUGGCUUAUGAACCAGAUUUUUGAAGAGGUGGAUCUGAGUUCAUCUUGUGUAAUAUGGCAUCCCACUAUGCCCGUGUGAUAACAGCAGAUUAAAUUUGCCAUAAGCCUCCUUUAUACACUAGGAGAGUCAGAGGUUUAAGCCUGUGGAUCCCCACCAGUUUUACUCUCCUCAAGUAUGUGGGCCUUUUCCAGCCUAACGCCCUCCCCAACCCCUCCUUCUUCAUGCAAAAGAAUUGUGGCAAUUCUGCUGCUACUGGGGCCUUUCAUGGGUUGGAGACCGCCAUCAGCCUUAGAGUGAAACAGCAGCUUGUCGAGCUUCAUGGUGCUGCACCUGGGGUUCUGUGCAGAGUGCUUGUCGGCACAGAAAGUGACCACAGAGUUUCUCUGAUACUUUUCAAUCAUACUGUAGGGGUUGCAUUUAAAAAAAACAAAAACAACAACAACAAAAACCCUUUUCAACCGUUGUGAAUGAGUUUUCAUCCCCUACGGGGCGUGGCUCUGAUCACAGCGUUCCUAUGCUCCUCGUGAGUGAUAGAAUAGUAAUAAGCUCUUUUUGAUAUCAGCCAGUUGGUACUGUGGUAUUAUGAAUAUCUUUUCUCUUUAAAGGCUUAUAAAAAUACUGACAUUUUGGUGUGAUUGAAAGCAGCUGGUGCAAGGCUCCACUGACUUUGAAAAUAUACCAGGUUAAAAAGUUCAGUUUACACCAAAGCCUGCUUCUUUGCAUUGUGGUUUUUCAGCUAGUUAGCAGAUGAAUACAAUGAUCGGCUGGCUUGGCACAGCACAACUCACUCCAUAAUGAAUGAAGGAUGUCUGGAGUAUGCAGGAAGGCAUGUAUUUUGCAUUUGCUCAAGUCCAUGCAAGGGUUUUGCCUUUGUAUACUUAGGGAGCUGGGUUGCUUGGUACCAUUCUAGAAUGUCAAUGGCAGGCUGGCCAGAGAUCUAAAGUAAAUGUACUGCUUGCUACAAACACUCCUGUUUGAUGGACAGAACCACGUAGUGGACAAGAGAGGGGGAGAGAGAGGGAGGCCACGGGCUGUGACAGGCACUAUACACACAAGUUGCACACAUUCUGUAGAUGAUACGAAAUGUGAAUCCUUUAGGAAAGGAGCAUGUGGCUCACUUGAAGUACAUGCCAUCCAUCCAAUACUGUACAUCACAACUAAGUUGCGUUUACUGACCUCCCUGCACCAGUAGUUUCUUUGCCAGACCAGCCGUAAUGGGAAGUGAGGUUUUUGUUUGGAAGCUGUUCGGUAUCACUUCUUGUUUAAUCUGAAAGCUGGCUUUGUACGACAUUGUUAGAGGAAUUACUGAAGAAUCCGGUCACAAUAGCUAGGAUCAGUGACACGUUUAUUGGUCUCUGUAUUCACCGGGGUUUUUAAACACUGUCGUCUUCAGUUUAGUUUCAGUGGCUGGAAAAAGGCUUGCGAAAUGCCAAAGCGCUGACUUUGCGAUGUUCUUCUGUACUUUGUUUUUUAUUUUCCAUUUUUAUUUCUACGUGUGCUUAAAUAAAACAAAGAGAACCCCACAACCCCCAUGAUAAUGUAGAAAUUGUCCUUAAUACUACUACACACUUUGCUUAGCUUUUUUGUUUAAUGUUACUCCAGGAACUCAUGAAGCUAUUUGCUUACUUGGCAAUGCUUUCCAGAACACGGGUGCAAAUAGCUUGCAAGUACCCCUCCAAUUACAUAGGGCUAAAUUCUUCCUUCACAUAGAAGAGUUCAAUUUCUCCUGGAGUUACAGGCAUGAGGAGGCAGAAUUCUUCACUUAGCAAGGACCUGGUGACUACACCGUCCUGCAUAUUGCUAGGGAGUUUCAUGCAGUGAGAAUAAAAAACAUGUAACCCGCAGUCUGAUUGGGGAAAAAGAAGAAUGGAUGAGGUGUUCAGUGUUCAAUAUUGAUCUAACUCCACUCCCAUUGAAAUCAAUGGGAGUUUUACUAUUGACUUAAAAAAGAACAAGAGUUAGGCCAAUGCUAAAGUGUAUUUGAAGAUCCCACCCAAUAUGUGUUUGCUUUGAGCCAUAUCUGGAGGGUCUAACUCACAUUGUACUUAGUGCUUACCCAGGAAAGACUCCCAUUGAGUUUGCCUGGGUAAGGGCUGACUAGAUUCCCCUCUCAUUUACGCUAGUGUAAGCCAAGAAUACAGUGCCUAACAAACAUUGAAGUCAAUGGAGUUAUCCCAGUGUAAGAUAGAGGGGAAUCAGGCCCCAGGAGCUGGAUCUCAGGAUUUGUCCCCUACUUACUACACACUAUAGGAACUCUCUGGUCAGUCACCCUUAUGAUGAAGUGGCAUUUCCCCAGUGAGAGCCCUGCCACUGGGGGUAUGUCUAUACUUCAGCAGGGGUGUGAAUCCCAGCUCAAGGAGACAUCCUUGCUCUAGUUCUCAUCAAGCCAGAGGCCUACAUGCUGGAACGCUACCUCUCCACCCCCCAACCCUACCUCCCCUCCACACCGCACCUGGCUUUUUUGACAAAAGAGCGAACGGGACAAAUGCCUCCUUUAGGGGAAAAAAAAGUCUGGGACGGGCUUAAAAAAGGGACUGUCCCAGCCAAAAUGGGAUGUAUGGUCACCCCAUUCUGCCACUCAUGCUGCCACGGCUACCCUGUUUUAGCACACUAGUGCGAGUAUGUCUCCUCACACUGGGAAUCGCACCCUAGCUCUAAGAGUAGACAUACCCUAAAAUGAUACUAGUUUUAUAAGUAGGUAGGCGCCAUGAUCCAUAUGUAAAUGAAGGUGACUUACAUGGUAUUUCUCACCAGUGACGUCAAGUGUUACCUGCCUCCUAGCAGAAUAGGAGUGACCCUUCACCACUGCAGGAGCUCUGAACUGAUCUACCACACACCCAGCACCUUGUAGCAGAUGUCUCCUCAGCCCUUUGUCACAUGCAGCUACAGCUUCCAAUGUUGUUGUCUCCCUUAAUGUUUAAAACUGAAAAGAACAAGAGAUAUAUCAUUUUAUAUUACCAAAGAUUUCUAUAUAAAGUAAUGACUUAAAAGGCAUUUUUCACAAAGUAGACACUAAGAGAGAUUAAAUAUCGUUCAGAAAAUGGGUCCUUAAGUGUGUGCCUGUGUUAGUAGAAGCUUUUAUGUACUCUUUUUUUUCUGGUACUAUUGACCAGGUUUUGAAAGGUCCAUAGUUGUAUUGUGUAAAUGGAGUAUAUACUGGCAUGCUGUAUUCUGGCGCCAGUAUUAGUUUGCAGAGGAGCUGUAUAUUUCAGGGACAAUAUUUGCACUGGAAGGACAGCAGAGAGAAACCCAUGUUGCUCCCCCCUUUGACAGCACAAAACUUCUCUUCAAGCUAAGGCAGAGAGUUGAAACGUGUUGUAAACUGGCAUUUGCUUCGUAAUCAAAUAUCAAAGUAGAUCUAUGGAGUGAGUGAAAUAUGUGCCUAGAACUGUUCAUAUAGACCGGUCUCUGCACCUUCACAUUUUGGUUCCAUUUAAGAACUGUUAUUGCCUGUGGGAAGCAAAUUAGUAAUUGCACCUUGAGCUUAUGUGAGAACUGGGCUGGCUCCAUUGGCCUCGUGCUCUCACCUAGGAAGCCGUGACCUUGGCACGCUACCUUGCAGGCCACAGGGCGAGAGGUUGUGGAACCUUCCAAAGUGUGGGGAUGUGGGUGGCCUUUGGAGACAGUGCGCCAUGUCAUGUCCUACAUUUUACUAGCCCAGAGCUGAGGCACAUGCAGAUUAUUGCUGCAAACUCUUUGGACACUAGCUUCCCAGUUGCAGGGUGUCUCAUUUUAGUUGCAUUUUCUGUGGCGGACUAAUUGACAUCUGGAAAAGGGGCCUUAAAAUCCAACCCCUCCACCCCACCAAUCAGGCUAGCUCCAUCUGUGCACUAGUCACUGCCUUGGGGAAGUGAGGAGGAACCUCCCUUUUAAAUGGACUGCGGGGAGCCUGGAUUUAGAUGCCUAGGACCCGUAGCUGUAUCAUGCACAGAACCACAGGAGCCGUAUGCUGAGUGGCUCUCCUUGCUGGCUGUUUUGUGUUAAAACACUGGGUUUGGGAGAUGGUCUGGAAAGUUGAUGGCAAAUUAAUUUUUUUUUGUUAACAUGUCUGUAAUUAAAAGUGCUGUAUAUAGAUGAUAUUUUCCUUUUUUAAUAAGGCUAAAAGCUCACUGCUGGGGCGGUCUCUCACCCCACAGCUAUUUGUGUGAAAGCUAGAAAGAAUGUCAUUAUGGUCACUCAUCUUACUACAUCUGAACCAGAUCAUGAGGCAAACAGCUAUAGUUCUGUGGGGCUCCCGAAAGGAAAAGCGUGGCAGCCCACAGAUUGAUCAGACGGGUUUUUCAGGUAGAAUAAUGCAGCUAGUUCACUAGAUCUGUUUCUACAUUAUGAGAUUCAAAAGUGAUAGCUAGGCUUUGGGCAUCUGAGGCAUAUCAUUCAAGCAGCCCUCUGCCCAGUCGCAGUAUGGCCCUUCUACUGUUUUUGUUAACGCUUUCUUGUCCUUGCAAGGUUUGCAAUCAUGUAAAAUGUAUAAUCGUCUUUAAUUACAUAUGCAGAAUUGUGGCUUUCUUUCAGACAAUCCACUUUAAAAAAUGGUAUCCUGGUGCCCCAAAACGGACAGCUACUAAGAGCUAAAUUCUGUUCCUGUGGAAGCCAAGUGGGAAUUCUGCCAUUAAUAUUAACGGAGCCAAGAUUUGGCCCUAAAUGUAUUAAUAAGAAAAACCGAGACCCACAAUGUUAACUGUCAUUGAGGCUUAACAUUAACUGACAUCCGGCUGCUUCAGUCCACAAAGAUGUGGCUGAAAAUGCUUCCCCAACAGGGAUCAGUGAGUAAGAAAUUACCAUGCUAGUGUGAACUUCAUUUAUUUUUGCUUGUAAUGAAUCAAAAAGAAGCAUUCCUGCUACUAAGGAAAAAACAACCAACUGACCCUAGUACAGGGGGAAAUAAAAACAGAAACAUUCAUUUUGCUUUUGACUUCUUUAGUCCAUGCUCGAGUUCAGUGUGUGCACCCAGCCGAUGCUAGACAGCAGGACAAACUUCAUGCAGUAGCAUUCAGCUCUCUUUUUGUAACCUUGGAAUCUAUUGUUGCUCUGAGUUUAAUAAAAGGCAGAACCUUGUUUGUUGGAAAAUCAGUGUAUGUGUGUGUUUGUCAUUUGUUUAUUUCAGACAUGAGUUUGGAAAAUGUCAUCCGGUAAGAAAAAUAUUUGCUAGUGGGCCUGCCAAAGUAAGUAAAUAAAUAAAUGAAUAAUUGGCCCGUUUCCUAGUGUCAAAGUUGUAUGCUUGGGUUAUUUGUAACAAAAGCUGACUGUGGAAAAUUGUCUGAUAGUCCCUUAUCUUGAUUGUUAAUUCAUUUAUACAUAAAAUAAUUAAUCUUUUCAUCUCAGCCUCUGGAUUGUUUAAAAAUUGGCUUUUAUUUUAUUAUA